AUGAUUAUUUUUAAAAAAUUUGAUAAUGCCACUCUACUUUACUCAUUAUUAGGUGUUAAUAAACGACUAAAUAAAAUUUUACAUAAUUCUAUGUUUACUAAUCGUUUGACUUUAUUAAGAUGUACACCAAUUCAUUUGAUUGUGUUUAAAUCUUUAUCAAGUCAUUUUAUUUAUCCAUUAGUUGAUGGAAUACUUGAUCGAUUUCGCACACAAAUUUUACCUGAAAUUCAUGAUAAAAUCGAAUGGCUUGAUCUUGAAUCAUCAUCUAUGGAACGUAUUCUUCUAGCUACAAAUUAUCCUAAUUUAUCAGGACUUACUUUAUAUAAUAUUCAAGUGGAGAGGGUUAUGCAUUUAUUUUCUGGUAAAUCAUAUAAGUUCGAUUAUUCCGAUGAUUAG